AGAUCAAACUGUAUCCACAUAUCUUUCAGUGUGCCGCACCGCACCGAAUAAUAUCCCCUCCUUCCCACUUCUCUCUUUCUCUCCUCCAAAGUCCUUCUCAAGUCCAACUAAUCUGAUAUUCGGACACGACCCCCUUUUUCUCUCUGGCUUUUAGUUUAACCCUAAUUUUGAGGUUGUUCGGUUUCGAUCUGCAGAUUCUUGUUCUUACCGGAACUUGAGAAGCUUCAGUUUUCGAAAAUCUUGGUCGGAUGGUGAUCUUCUCGAUGUCUGUGCUAGGUUAACGUCUGAUUAAAAAUUACUAUCUGCUGGUUAGAGAUUCUUGUUGGUUCUUUUAAUGGCUGAGGUGGGAAAAGUCUUGGUUAGUGACAGUUCAAGCGAGACUAAAAAAGCACCUGAUGUUGUUGUUGCUUCCCCUGAUAAAAUGGAGGCUACACCAGUGGCUACUGAAACUGAGCAAUGUUCAGCCGAGAUUCCGGAAUCUACGGACAGCGAGAAGCUACUACAGCUUGUUCCAGCUUCAGUGUCUGAAGAAGCAGCUGUUGCUUCGGAGAAAGCACCAAAGAUUCCGGAAAGUGGUACUGUCUUAACCUUGCAGUCUGGUUCGGAAGGGAGCAGUAGCCCGUUUAUCCGGGAGAAAGUUAUGGAAGAUGGAUACAACUGGAGGAAGUAUGGACAGAAACUUGUUAAAGGGAAUGAGUUUGUGAGGAGCUAUUACAGGUGCACCCACCCUAACUGCAAAGCCAAGAAGCAACUGGAACGGUCUCCGGGUGGACAGAUUGUGGAUAUUGUUUACUUUGGUGAGCAUGAUCAUCCUAAGCCUCUUGGUGGUGGUGCUGCUGUUCCUAUGAAUCAAGAUAGACGAAGUGAUGUCUUGACGGCUCUGAGUAAAGAGAAAUCAUCUGGAUCUAGUAGUGUUCAGACACAUCAACCACCAAAGGUCCAUGGAGGAGGAUUACAUCUUUCUGUUGUUCCUUUGGCCGAUGAUGUGAAAACUGAUGUUUCACCAUCAAGUAGGAUAAAGAGCGACAUAACUCACAAGGAUAACAUUAGUCCUGCCCCAAAGCGAAGGAAGAAAGGAGGGAGCAUAGAGCAGAUUCCAAUGGAGAGGCCAAACAGUGAAUCACGCAACGUGGUUCACACUCAGACACUGUUUGAUAUUGUGAAUGAUGGCUACAGGUGGCGUAAAUAUGGUCAGAAGUCUGUGAAAGGCAGUCCAUAUCCAAGGAGCUACUAUAGAUGUUCAAGUUCUGGAUGCCCUGUCAAGAAACACGUGGAGAGGUCAUCUCGUGACACGAAGAUGCUUAUAAUGACGUACGAGGGAAACCACGACCACGAUAUGCCACCAGGAAGGAUUGUCACUCAUAACAACACGUUGGACUCGGAAGUUGAUGACAAAGAACCGAGUGCUAAAGACACUGAAGUCAACAAAACUCCACAGAGCUCAGCUGUCAUUACAAAAGAAGAACAUCACUCGAAAAAGAAAGCUAAGAGUAAUGGCCAUGAGAAAAGUCUUGAUCAAGGUCCAGUCUUGGAUGCGAAACCUAAGGAUGAAAUAAAAGAUGAAGCAGCCAAAACAAAGUCAGAUGAUAAAACUGUGGAGAGUGAUGAGGAACAGAAACCAAAAGCAGAGUCUGGUCAAAGCUAAGGGCAUAUGUAUCGGUGUUAAAAUGAUAUACAGAUGCUUAACAUAGAGAUUAGUACAGGCAUACAGUUUGGUGUUUCAGGUGGGAACCGGAUUAGAUUUAGUGUAUAAUGAUGGGAAUAGUGUAUGCUUAUGACCCUUUAUAUUAUAUAGCAUGCGCCAUUAAGCCAUUUCGAGUUGGUUCAAAUAAGAGUUGGGUAGCCCAACAAGAGAAUGUCUUUCUUUGUUGAUGGAGCCUGUGUUGUAAUAGUUGUAGAUUGGGGAUAUUGUAUAUGAUUUGUUCCAACUUUUAUUAA